AGGCCUCUGAGAGUUCCGAACAAAGGUGGAAGAAUGUUAGCCUGGGGGGGCGGUCUGUCAUUUGCAUGAGAACAAGCUUACACGAGGAGCAAAACAUUAAACAAGCCAUGUCAAUGUUUACAUUUCGGAUGGCGCUUCAACACGCUACACAGUAUGUUAAAAAAUAAACGCUUUCCCAAAAAAAGACAAAACGGAGGGACAGAGCAGAGGGUGCAAGAUGGUUCUGUUCCAGGUUCUCAUCCCAAUUCUGUUGAUAAAAGUCUAUGAGGUUGAGCUUGUUCCAGUAGAUGAAGACCUAUUCGGACCUGAUGAAUGGGUAGAAUCAGUGAUUGAAGAUGUAUCUACCAGUGACAUCACUGAAAAUGACAUGAAGACAGCACAGGAGUACAUAGAUCAGUUUUACAGUAAUGUUCCUGUGAGAAAAAAAAUGUCCAAUCCAGUGGAGGAAAAAAUCAGGGCCAUGCAGUCUUUUUUUGGCCUUAAUGUCACUGGUAAAAUAGACAAGGAAACCUUGAAGGUUAUGCUGAAACCCCGGUGUGGAGUGCCAGAUGUACACAGGUUCAGCCACUUUUCAGGAAAACCAAAGUGGGAGAAGACAACGCUUACCUACAGAAUUGUCAAUUAUACACCAGAUAUCACUAAAAUAGAGGUGGAUUAUGCUGUGGCUCAUGCUCUGAGACUAUGGAGUGAGGUCACACCUUUGAACUUUCUGCAGCUUUACAGUGGCACAGCUGACAUCAUGAUUUCCUUUGGAUCUAAAGUCCAUGGGGAUUUCUUUCCAUUUGAUGGACCAUUUGGAGUUUUGGCCCAUGCUUUUUCACCAAGUGAAGAUAUUGGCGGAGAUGCUCAUUUUGAUGAAGAUGAAACAUGGACACUAAGUGGUAAAGGCACCAAUAUAUUCCUUGUUGCACUUCAUGAGCUGGGGCAUACUCUGGGACUGGAUCACUCAAAAGACGAGCGUGCCAUAAUGUACCCAACCUUACUAGAUGAUAGAGCGGUGGAUCCAAGCAAGUUUAAACUUUUUACAGAUGAUAUUGCUGGAAUCCAAGCUCUCUAUGGUAUGAAGCCCAAGCCUAAACCAACAAGGACACCAAAGCCUAAGCCAACUGACGCCCCCAAAAAUCCAGCAGUGCCGGAAAGAUGUGACCCAACUUUAGGAUUUGAUGCCGUUACCAGGAUGAGGGGAGAUUUACUAUUCUUCAAGGAAGAGGUUUUUUGGAGAAAAAAUGCCAGAACACGUAAUGUUGACACCUUCGCCAUCAACACUGUAUGGCCAAACGUGGGAAGGGUUGAUGCAGCUUAUGAGUUUACGGCUAGAGAUGUUGUCUAUCUCUUCAAAGGGCAGCAGUAUUGGGCUACGAGUGGCUUUAAAAUGCUCUGGGGAUACCCUCGGCCCAUCAGCAACUUUGGAUUUCCAAAAACUGUGAAGAAAAUAGAUGCUGCUCUGUUUUUAAAGGAUAAAAAAAAGGCCAUUUUCUUCGUGGAAGACAAAUAUUGGAGCUUUGAUCAUUCCAAAAACAAAAUGGACUCCAAAUCACCAAAGAAGAUACAAGAUAAUUUUCCAGGAAUCGGGAACCAAGUAGAGUCUGCAUUCCAAAAUAUAGAUUACGUGUAUUUCUCUAAUGGCGCAAACCAGAUUGAGUACAGCCCAAGGAGGCAGAUUGUUCUCCGUUCCCUUGCCAGCUAUCGAUGGCUGAACUGUGACUGAACAAAGGAUUUUUUACAUGAUAUGUUGUAUGUGAUGUAACUAAUGUCAGCCUAUCACAGCAGAGGGUGCAGUGCAAAGAUUAU